AUGUAUCACAAAACAAGAUCUGUCACAGUUGUUAUCUUCCUCGUCUCGGAGGUUUUUGCCGUCCUUCAACUAGGCACAGCUGCUUCGCUUUCUUCAGCCUUGCUCCCGAAGUGGCACAUUCAUGUGGUUAAUGGUUUGAGUAAAGUGACUUUGUUCGUGCACUGCAAGUCAAAGGAUGAUGAUCUAGGUGUUCAUAAUCUCGUUACUCGUGGAGAUGAGUUUCAGUGGACGUUUCAGGUCAACUUUUGGGCAACGACACUCUAUUGGUGCUAUUUGAAGAAGCCGAAUGCCGAUGUGUCGUUUGAAUCAUUCUGGGUAGAGCAAACUCAUAUGUGGCUUCAAUACCGGUGCACUGAUAAAAAUUGUAUUUGGACUGCCAAAGAUGAUGGAAUCUACUUGAGAAACAAUCCCGAUGGUGUCGAUGAGCGUAUUCAUGAGUGGAUCAAUGAAACUUAG